GAAAUUAAGAAAAACUUUGUUAAAAAUCGCUAUAAAGCAACAGAUAACAAUAAAUCCAAGAUACCGCCUUUUUAUAUGUAUAGAGCAUGUUUGAUUUUAUUGGUUGAUCGUAUUUCAUCUCUUCCAAACUCAAAAG